GAUCGUGCUCUGAGAAAGCGUACUAUGCACACCCUCACGGUGCAGAAGAAGUGCAGCUAAGUCCCCACAACAGAAAGAUUUUAAAAAGUAAGUUUUUUCAAAAGAAUUUUAAAAAGAAACAAAACAUUUUUUGAUCAGUACUUCCAAGUUGCGGUUGUAUGAUAUUCAUAUGUUUCUACGGUUUUACUGGUGAAACUUGUAUUCAGGUCAAGAUUUCGGGAAAAGUGUGAUCGCUGGCCACAAUAAUUAUGCGAGAGUUAAAAGUUAUUAAAACAUAUUAAUGCUCCUUGUACUUGUACGGUACAAGGGACAUUUGUUGAGCGACUUUGCUUUAAUAUGCUAACAGCUUACAGCAGCUCCUUAUCGUUGUUACACCAUAAUCGAUCGAAUACUAGAUUUGUGUGAAUUUCUGCAGUAUGCAAUCAGGUAUGGACUUUUGAGUCUAGUUCAUUGCAUCCUUCUCCUACGCUGGGAAUCUGGGGUUUUGCGACAUUGAUGAGACAUUUUUGCCCCAAAAAAUUGAUUCUGGGGUUGCUUGUUGCAUGAUUGUUGUCGAGGUUUUGCGAUCGUACUGUAAUGAUAUUUACGAGUUGGCAGUGCGGCAUUAAUAUCCUUAGCGUCGACCAAAUCUUAACGACAUGGAAUUUUCGGAUUUAAUAAAGAGCCCUUACGUGGAGAGUGUUACUCUCCGGAUUUUUCCUGACCGUCAAAGCAUACGGGGACGAUUAUGUAUUACGGGGCACCAUAUGAUCAUUUCCGCUCAUGCGCCCGAGGUUGGGAAAACUCACGUUGCGGAAGUUUGGAUCCUGCACAUGGGUGUAGAUGUGAGCGAACGGCGUCCAUAUCCCGCAGGAAAUGGCGGAAGUUUACUGGUGAAAUGCAAGGAUCUGAAGGUGUAUCAGCUGGAUAUCCCGGGCCAGCUGGAUUUUAUGAAUGUGGCCUCUUCGGUGGAAAAAUUGUCCCACAUCGCAGACAUUUAUAACUUCUAUCCUUUCUUCUUUCGACCGAUGUUUGAGAUCCUUGAAGAUGGAUGGACGGCGUUUCCCCUGGAAAGCGAGUUUGCUAAAUGGACCCUUGGCAGUGAUGAAUGGAGGAUUUCUUUUAUUAAUAGAGAUUUUGAGUUUUGCCAGAGCUAUCCAACUUUGGUGGUGGUGCCGAAGUCCGUGAAAGACGAAGUCAUAGCUGGAUCCGCAAUGUUUCGCGAAGGCGGCCGAUUCCCCGUUUUGUCGUAUCUCCACGAGAACAAAGCAGCAAUGUUACGGUCCGGGCAGCCUCUCGUAGGUCCUGGAAAUCGUCGAAGCAAAGAAGACGAGCAACUGUUAUUAGCCACAAUACGCAGUGGUAAACGAGCGUUUGUCUUCGAUACGCGAUCGGUAGUGACGGCUGGCGCAGCCAAAAAUAAAGGUGGAGGCUACGAACUGGAAGUGUAUUAUUCACAAUGGCGGCGAAUACAUCAUUCCCUAGAAAACUGGUCUUCGCUGCAUACAUCCUUAUCCAAAUUAGUGGAUGCUUGCGCCGAUCGCAAUCUGAGUGUGGAUAAAUGGUUGUCCCGGUUAGAAAGUAGCGGCUGGCUGAACACAGUGGGAGAAGUCCUGCAUGGAGCCUGCGUAGUUGCACAGUGUCUGCAUAACGAGUGUGCUACAGUUUUGGUUCAUGGAGCGGAAGGCAUGGAUUUGACGCUCUGUAUUACAUCGCUGGUCCAGAUAAUUCUUGAUUCAGAUACGCGGACUAUACGAGGAUUUGAGGCACUGGUUGAACGAGAGUGGCUGCAAGCGGGCCAUCCGUUUGGAUCUCGGUGGGAACGCUCAGCGUUUGGUCAAAGGCGAAGUAAACAUGAAGCACCUACCUUUUUGCUGUUUCUGGAUUGUGUACGGCAGCUGCACAAUCAGUACACUAGCUCAUUCCAGUUCACUCCAAACUUUCUGAAAUUUCUGUUCGAGAACGCUUGUGCAUCAGAGUACGGAACGUUUUUAUGUAACAAUUCUCACAAGCGACACGUUAUGGAUCUUCGGAAAAAGACGAUAUCUUUAUGGUCUUACGUGAAUCAUCCUAAAGUUUUGGCCAGUUUUCUUAAUCCGGUGUAUGAGCCCAACCAUGGAUGUCUAUGGCCUUCCAUCGCUCCCAUGAGUCUGAUAUUGUGGAGGGAGUUGUACCUGCAUUCGUUCCAAGACAUUUCUGCAGAGAUCGAUGACUGGAAUGUGGCUGCUGCGGCCAAAGCUCGCGAUGAUGAACUUCGUGACAAAGUUAUCCGUCUACGAAAAGAAAUGUUGGCUUUGGAGCGGGAGCUGGUUAUGAAUGGUCUCUGCAGUCCAAAUUUGGUGGAUGAUUUUGCCAAGAUCUCUAUCGAAAAUGCCGAGAAAUAACUCUUUUGUGAAGCAUCAUUAUCGUUUGACUCGUUAGUAACGUAACAUAACAUUAUGCACCGUACUGCGUACUCUGUGCAUUCCACAAUCAACGGUGAUUGUCUACAGUAUGUACCGUACAUCCGUGCAUGAGUGGAGUAAAAAAAUAUUUUUACGCUAGUAUGUGUGUAUGUUUUCUUCUUUUUCUAUAAUAUACUGUUUUUUUAAAACUUUUUUGAUUUUGUUUCCUUCAUCGUACUAGUCAUUCCAAUUUCCGGUGGUUGCGUACACAAUUUAGUAGCUCAUUUAUUUAACGCCCGAGCUGUGCUUAGUGGUGAUUUCUUUUGAUCUUUUGAACUUUUGAGGUCGGCAGAUCAACAAUGCCAGAACUACCACUGCCUGGCUAAGUCAUGUUGAUGUUUUACACAUUAAAGCCGAAUAC